AUGGAAGUCUCGAACCUCUCAGGCGCCACCCCUGGCAUCGCCUUUACCCAGGGACUGGAGAGCUGCAGUGAGAGCCCAAAUUCCGGCAGGGACGUGGGGUACACCCCCGGUGGACUCAUCUUGCCAGGCCGUGAGCCACCCUUUUCCAUCUUCACCGUGCUCGUGGUGACUCUAUUGGUGUUGCUGAUCGCUGCCACUUUCUUAUGGAAUCUGCUAGUUCUGGUGACCAUCCUGCGCGUCCGCACCUUCCACCGCGUGCCACAUAACUUGGUGGCCUCGACAGCGGUCUCGGACGUGCUUGUGGCAGCCCUGGUGAUGCCACUGAGCCUGGUAAGCGAGUUGUCAGCUGGGCGACGCUGGCAGCUGGGCAGGAGUCUGUGCCACGUGUGGAUCUCCUUCGACGUGUUAUGCUGCACGGCCAGCAUCUGGAACGUGGCAGCCAUCGCCCUGGACCGCUACUGGACCAUCACGCGUCACCUACAGUACACGCUGCGCACCCGGCGCCGCGCUUCAGCGCUCAUGAUCGGGAUCACCUGGGCACUGUCUGCGCUCAUCGCGCUCGCACCGCUGCUCUUUGGCUGGGGAGAAGCCUAUGAUGCUCGCCUACAGCGUUGCCAGGUGAGCCAGGAGCCCUCCUAUGCUGUCUUCUCCACCUGUGGAGCCUUCUACCUGCCUCUGGCGGUGGUGCUCUUCGUCUACUGGAAGAUUUACAAAGCCGCCAAGUUUCGCUUUGGCCGUAGACGGAGGGCUGUGGUGCCAUUGCCUGCCACCAAGCAGGCGAAGGAGGAGCCUCAGGAGGCUGAGAUGGUGUUUACAGCACACUGCAGAGCCACAGUGACCUUCCAGACGAGUGGAGACUCGUGGCGGGAGCAGAAGGAGAAGCGAGCAGCCAUGAUGGUGGGGAUCUUGAUUGGCGUGUUUGUGCUGUGUUGGAUUCCUUUCUUCCUGACGGAGCUCAUCAGCCCACUCUGUGCCUGUAGCCUGCCACCCAUCUGGAAAAGCAUAUUCCUGUGGCUUGGGUACUCCAAUUCCUUCUUCAACCCCUUGAUUUACACAGCCUUUAAUAAGAACUACAACAAUGCCUUCAAGAACCUCUUCACUAAGCAGAGAUAGGAAGGGCUGGGGGACAUAAGGGAAGACCAGAGAAGAGCAAGGAGAUUUGUGAUUCCUGUUUCACUGUGGGCAUUCUCUCCACCGCGCACUAAUGACACUUCAAAAGUCAUACCAUUGGGCCUGGAAUAUGGAAUGGUUCUCAGGAAGGACGCAAGUAUUUGGCAACACACCCAUGCCUUCUACAGAAGGACAUGACAGACAUUACUAGUGGAUUGUGGUACACGUCUGCACUAGGCAGAAACCCCGCCAAACCCUUACAGGUUAUACUUUAGGUAGUACUGGAAAUUCAAUAGAUUUGACAUGUGACAGAGUUGAUUUGCUUUUGUUUUAUUUAAUUUUCUGCUCUUCAGUGAGGGCCUCUCAGGGCUUUCCUGAGAUUGUCUCCUUGACAUAGCUUCUGCUUUCCUCUCUCCACCAGAGGAGUUUGCCCUUAUCAGCCUCAUGCAC